AUGAAGCUGUCUUCUUUCCUCUACACCGCCUCGCUGGUCGCGGCCAUUCCCACCGCCAUCGAGCCCCGCCAGGCCGCCGACAGCAUCAACAAGCUGAUCAAGAACAAGGGCAAGCUCUACUACGGAACCAUCACCGAUCCCAACCUGCUCGGCGUCGCAAAGGACACCGCCGUCAUCAAGGCCGACUUUGGCGCCGUCACCCCCGAGAACUCGGGCAAGUGGGACGCCACCGAGCCCAGCCAGGGCAACUUCAACUUCGGUAGCUUCGACCAGGUCGUCAACUUUGCUCAGCAGAAUGGCCUCAAGGUCCGAGGUCACACUCUGGUCUGGCACUCUCAGCUCCCUCAGUGGGUUAAGAACAUCAACGACAAGGCUACUCUGACCAAGGUCAUUGAGAACCACGUCACCCAAGUCGUUGGACGUUACAAGGGCAAGAUCUACGCCUGGGACGUUGUCAACGAGAUCUUCGACUGGGACGGUACCCUCCGAAAGGACUCUCACUUCAACAACGUCUUCGGCAACGAUGACUACGUUGGCAUUGCCUUCCGCGCCGCCCGCAAGGCUGACCCCAACGCCAAGCUGUACAUCAACGACUACAGCCUCGACUCCGGCAGCGCCUCCAAGGUCACCAAGGGCAUGGUCCCCUCCGUCAAGAAGUGGCUCAGCCAGGGCGUUCCCGUCGACGGCAUUGGCUCCCAGACUCAUCUUGACCCCGGUGCCGCUGGCCAAAUCCAGGGUGCUCUCACUGCCCUCGCCAACUCUGGUGUCAAGGAGGUUGCCAUCACCGAGCUCGACAUCCGCACUGCCCCCGCCAACGACUACGCCACCGUCACCAAGGCCUGCCUCAACGUCCCCAAGUGCAUUGGUAUCACCGUCUGGGGUGUCUCUGACAAGAACUCUUGGCGCAAGGAGCACGACAGCCUUCUGUUCGACUCCAACUACAACCCCAAGCCUGCUUACACUGCUGUUGUCAACGCUCUCCGCUAA